CCGUAACACGUCGGGCGUUUAUGACGUCACACUUAACAAUAAGCGAUAUUUCCCACAUUUUGGAAACAUGUAAGAAUGAUAUUUCAUAAAAAGUUUUAUAUCUAUGUAAUUAUAUUAUUUGUAUUGCUUCCAUUACUUGAUCAGGAUCUUAAUUUUCGUGUGUCAGAGAAACCAGUCACUCUAACCAAUCAAACGAAGGAAUCAACUUCACCUGAAUGUGAAACAAAGUUGGGUCAAGAAGAAAGUGUCAUCCCUAUAAAGAAUUAUCUUUUGAGGUUAUCAGGCGUCUUCGUUUUAAACAUAGGAGUGACAUAUCUUUGCGUUUUCACUCUGAGGAGAUACAAAGUGAAGUAUAAUAUAAAGAAUCCGGUUAAUCCACAAUCGGCCAUAUCUUCGACAUGGCGGUUCUUCCAGAAAAUAUGCGCGACUGCUGCUUCUGCUACUGCUACUCAUGACGUCACAUGGUCAGACGUGGAUUUAGAUACCGAAACAACUUGGAACAACUCACAGCUGGCUGUAGUCGGCCAGGCAUCAAGAUCUUCCUCGGCCCACCACAUGAACUACCCAGAGUGGGUCAUGGUCCCGGACUCUUCUUGUGAAGGAGGGGUGAUGUGGCACAGAGAGGUAGAGAUGGCAGAGAGGGCCGGGAAUCUCGAGCACGCCCUGGACGACUGCCCUGACUGGGCGAGGGUCGAUCUCGUCUCGCAGACUGAGACCCACUCUGUCGACUUUCCACCUCCUCUCUUUGAUGUUUUGGAUUUGUAUCAAACGUUACCAACAAUUUACGAGAAGGAUUGAGUUAAUUGUGUGGUUGUGGCCUAUUAUAGGCCCCAUGUGAUUAUUUUAUAAGGGAGUAGUGAUUGAGGUUGAUGUCCUUCAAUCACUAGCUCCGUCUGUUGUGACAGUAUGCAGUUGUGUAUGCAUGAAUAUUUUUUUCCCACCUUUCUGCACUCCGUUUUUCCGUCCUGGCUGCCGCUCCUAUUCCCUCCCCGAGACACUUUGUUUGUAAAUACAGGUGUUAUGUUGGUAUGGAUGUGUACAUGUGUUUGUGUGUAUGCAUGUGCUUAUGUUGAAUGUGUUAUUUUAUUUUAUUUAUUUCAUUGUUAGUGUUGACCACCCUGUUACAAUUUGUAUGAGAGAGAGAGAGAGAGAGAGAGAGAGAGAGAGAGAGAGAGAGAGAGAGAGAGAGAGAGAGAGAGAGAGAGAGAGAGAGGGAUGGAGAGAGAUAGAGCACUCGUGUACAUUCAUGGCUGUCUUUGUAUCCAUUUAGCCAACAUAUUGGUAUAAGCGAACUCACUGAGCCAAAUUUAUAAAGUCUGUUUGAGUGUUUUUCGCGUGUAACAUUUACAAAGAACAGCCUGCGAUUAAGAAAAGCGGGCUUCGUAAAUUAGACUCACUGUGUUUAUAUUUGUGUAUGUCUGCCUAAUGGUGAGAUAUAAAGAGUAACAUGCUGUCCCCUCGCAUUUAUAUGGCACAGAAUUGUUCUAAACUGCAAGGAAUUGUGCUAAUGUAUACACCAAAGCUAUGACGUAUGCAAUUAUUCUGUCACACAUGUGAUUAUGGUAUGGAAGCUAAGAUGAAUGUUUUGGAAUUAAUUUUAGGAAAACAUGUGCCAGACAUUAUUGCAAACAGAAAAGGGCUAUUUCAUUAUUAUUCGAUUAUAUUCAUACCUACCAUCUACAUAUUAAAUUGAAAUAAUUUAUAACCACCCACAAAAUAUAUUUUGAUUUAACAUGCAUCAUGUAUAAAAAAUUAAAACAAAAACCCCACAAAAAGCAAAAAAAAAAAAAAAAAAAGAGUUGAAAAAGUCUACUUGUAGAGAAACAUCCUUUAAAAUAUGCUUGAAUAUGAUGAUGGUAUACUCCACCAUAAACUUUGUAAAUUAACAAAGCAUAAAAACAAACUCAAAAUCGGAGGCUACAUCAAGUAUACAAUGCAACUCAAUUUGUUCUGUUAUUGUUGUGUGUAAUAGAAUGUAGUACCACUCUUUUGUACUGUAUUCAUAAAUGAAAUGAAUUUGUAAUCAUG